AUGAUUCGUUACAUCUGCCUGCUGGUAAUCGCCUCCAAGUUUGCCUUGGGCACUCAAACCUGUACCGAUGCUGGAAAUGGACCGUGUAUCAGCGGCUCGUGCAAUGGAGGGGAAACUUGUGUCACAUUCACAGGAACUCAAGUAUGCUGCCCGGCAAACAAACUUGUCAACAGUGGAGUUUCAACUAGAUCUACCUGUAUGGACAAAGUCAACCCCAGAACUGGUACCUCGGAUUGCACAAGACUCGCCUACCUCUGCAACGACUCCACUUACUAUCAAGUGAUGACCGAUCAAUGUCCAAAGACUUGUGGUCGUUGUGGUUCAUAUGGUUACACGGCUGUCACUUCAUCAGGAUCAUGCGUUGACAAGACAAAUCCCUCGACCGGGAUGAGCGACUGUCCGAACCUAAUGAUGUACUGCACAAAUUCACGCUACAUGUCCCUCAUGAGACAACAAUGCCCAAAAACUUGCGGUUUCUGC